AUGCUGUUACUUCGACUUGUUCUUUCUCUAGCGAUAUUACUCACUGGAACGAGAUCACAGGACGUUGUUGCCGAUGAUUAUACAGAUAAUGCUAAUAAUAAUAAUAAUACACAGGUUACUGAUCCUGGUGUAGCGACAGAUGGAAAUACUUAUCAACAGACAUCAGUAGCUAAUACAGAUGAUCCACUCAUUAGUAAUACAGCCUCACUUCCUGUAACAGGUAUAGAUACAUUUCAAUCACUUACCACGCCGGUAACUGAGUUGACUUCAGUAUCUUCCCUAAUCGAUGCCUCGUCAGUUUUUGUUCCAUCCACUUCUGAAAUAUUGUCUUCCUCUAUACCAUCAUCGUCAUCAUCAUUGGUAACCAGUUCUUCUUCCUAUAUUCCUCCAUCGUCGUCUAACAUACUCUCAUCAUUAUCCUCAUCAUCGACAUAUAUUCCGCCAACCUCCUCAUCAAUUUUAUCAUCUUCUUCUUCGUCGUACCGCCCAUUGCUGCCUUCAAUAGUGUCUUCUUCCUCCAGUUCUUUCUCUUCUUCAUCCUCCUCAUCUUCUACCUAUUAUGUUAUUUCAUCAUCUACAUCUUCGUCGUCGAGUUCUUCAUCGUCAUCAAGUAGUUCAUCUAGAUCUACCUCAAGUUCGUCGUCGUCAUCAUCGUCACAACAACGUUCAUCAUCCUAUUCAAACUCUUCUUCAUCUUCUACAACCUCAUCCUCGAUAUCAUCAAUAACAUCAUCAUCCAUUGAUGUAACUACCGUUGCUUCUGAUAGAAAACGUACAUUGACAAGUGUUGUCGAAGGUAGGACGGUUCUUUCCAAUUAUUACACCACUGUAACACUAAUGCCAAGUGCAUCAAGUACUGCUAACUCAAAGAAGCAUACAAAUGGGUCUCUUUCAAAGAAGAAUAGAAACAUUGUCCUUGGUUGUUGUCUGGGUAUAGGGAUACCAUUGGUACUUAUCAUUGCUUUAUUCAUUUAUGUUACUUGUAUACGGGCCAAAAAAAUUGAUUUCAUUGACUCAGAUGGGAAGGUCGUUAGUACUUAUAAGAUGAACAAAUUCAAAUUGUUCUGGUAUUUCAUACUGGGUAAGAGUGUUAAUAACAUUGAAAAUACAGAUGAUCAUCAUUCUACUACUUUCAAUGAGAAAAAUAUUAAUGAUAGAUCGGUUUCGCCUGAUAAUUUCGAUAAUAGUAGUAGUCAACUUUCAAAUAAUAGUUUGGUUGAUUCUCCAUUGAGUAACCAACAAAAUUAUCAAAGUUUCUUUAAUGAAGGGCCAUUUAAUUCAAACGAACAAUAUUACAAUUUUACGCAUGCUCAGGAGGACAGUCCGAACGAUAAUACUGGUUUUGAAUAUGAUGAGAAUUCUAGUUUCGGUAGUCCACAAAAUAGUGCAAGCGGUUCAGAUUCCCAAAGAGUCUUAAAUAUCGCUAAUCCAAGUUAA